AUGUAUGACAUUCAUCCACUUUUAAGAAAGUAUGCUGAAAGCAUUAAAAAUGAUGCCAUGUUCUAUGAAUCUUACACUGAAGCGAAGGGCCGAUUUUAUGGGCACUUUAUGUCAAAGAUGAAACGAAUUGCUGGAUUUAUAGAGUCUAGCUACAUCAGAGCAUUCGAUGAGUUUAAAAGAGAUCGUCCAAACUUUGAGUUUGCUAUUGACAUUGCCUUGUUACCAGAGUACUUUACUGUUCCAGGUGGAUACCAUGAAAGUGCAUUGAUUGUGUCCCUUUUUAAUGCUAUGUUGUCUGGAAAGAAGCAGACUAAGCUGUUCAAUUCCUGGGCAGAGAUGUGCAAAGAUGAUGGAAACUUAGGUAUGUUUUUCUUGUCAAUUAUUUUAUAACAAGGAAAUUAAAAAACAAAGAAAGAAAGAAACAAGAAAAACUCUUCAUAUUUUUUUAACCAAGUGCCAGUUGUUGUGUGUGGAUAACACUAUUCACUGGAUAAAUCUUUAUUCAGUGGAUAAUGCAAGUGACCUCCCUAAUACUUAUCUACUGUAUAGUGAUUUAUCCAGUGGAUAGUGCUAUUGAACUUUUGAACAACCGGGACCAGGUGUCCCAAAAUCAUUCUAGCAUUUUUUCAGCACAAAUACUGCACUAAAAAAUUUCAAAUCCUUUUUCCAUAAUCAAAUGCUCUGUUGUCAGUGAAUAAUUAUUGGUCACUGUAUUUUUACAUGUUACUUUGACAAUGUUACGACCCAUUUGAAACCCCUUAAAUUUUAUGUUUAAGUGCUUAUUGUGGCUCAUCCUUGGUGUAAGAACCUGUUAAAUUCACGGGUAAUGUAAAACAAAGAAAACAAAGAAGUCACCUUAGAAGAACCUACAAAACAAAAGGUGCAAAAAAAAGCAUAAGUUCACAGGUUCUUGCACUGAGGUAAAUCCCCUUUUACUCAAGAACAAAAUAUUUGCUUCCAUUUCAUGUCACUGGCUUAUAAAACUUUAGAAGGCUACCACUUCCACCACCACUUCCACUAGCACUACCACUGCCACUGCUACUGCACCUGCCACUACCACUGCCCUUACCACUGCCACAACCACCAUCACUGCCACUAGUACUUCCACUACUACUACCACUGCCACCACCACUGCCACUACCACUGCCACUACCAUUGCCACUACUACUACCACUGCCACUACCACAGCCACUGUCACUUCCACUGCCAUUGCCAUCACCACUACCACUGCCACUACCACAGCCACUUUCACUGCCAUUGCCAUCACCACUACGACUGCCACUACCACAGCCACUGCCACUUCCACCACCACUGCCACUGCCACCACCACUACCACAGCCACUGCCACUUCCACCAUCACUGCUACUACUACAGCCACUGCCAGUACCACUGCAACUACCACUGCCACUACCACUGCCACUACCACUGCUACUACCCACUGCCACUACCACUGCUACUACCCACUGCCAAUACCCACUACUACCGCCACUACCACUACCACUGCCACUUCCUCUAGCAUUGCCACUACCACUGUCACUACUACUACCACUGCCACUACCACUACUACAACCGCUGACAGAACCACUGGCACUACCACCACCACUGCCACUGCCACUAGUUACCACCAUCACCUCCAUGUAACAGUGUCCCUGCUUCUAAUUCUGCUAUUGCCUCUAGCGUUGUGUAACAUCUGAGGUACAUUUGAAAAGACAUAACUUCCUAAAUCAACAAUUGUGGCAAUUUUAAUGUGUCCCUUUUCUUGCAGGUUCUUUAUUUCGUGCUCAGUUACGUUGUUGGGAAGCUAGGCUGGUCUCAAAAGCUCAGGGUGCUCAGAAAGCUUUUCAAGUGUUGGAGAAGGCAUCCAUGUCAUUAAAACAAGUUGAUGAUCAAUCUACCGAAUCUUUUAGGCUGACUCGAGGGCUUUUCUUGUAUUUGGAGGGGGAAAUCUACUGCCAAAACAGAGACUACCAGAAAGCGAUUAAAAUUCUAAACUCCUCUUUAGACCUAAUGGAGGGACUGUUAAAACUUGACACAAAUCUUGCCAGGUGUUAUAACGCUCUUGGCAAUUGUUAUUUCGCACGUAACAGACCGGACAAAGCCCUUGAGUUCUACAACAAGGCGCUUAAGAUGCGAGAGGAAUUAUCUGGCUCUGAUUAUCACUACGACAUGCCAGUUUACAAGAAUCAGAUUGGCACAGUUCACAAGUACAAAGAAGAGUUUGAGGAGGCAGUGGAAUGUUACAAAGAUGCCCUUGAACUUUUAGCAGUGCUCAAAAGCUUAGGAUACGAAGGUGAAGCACAUUUUCGUUACAAUGUGGCAGAUGUUUACGUUCGCCAAGGAAAAUCCGAAGAAGCUAUUGAGGAGGCAGAAAAGGCCUUCAAAAUCAGGCUUAAAAUUCUUGGAAAUCACCCGGACACCGUGCGAAGCAUUUUUCAACUGGGAGUCAUCCAAGCAAACUUACAGGCUUAUGAGAAAGCCUUGAACUUUUUCUUAGAAGCUUGGAAAAUGGAGAAAUUAUUGGGUGCGGGGAACCAAAGCGAUGUUUGGAAACAGAUUAUCAAAAGCGUCUUUGACAUUUGUCAUUCCUUAAAUGACAAAAAAGAAUUCAGGCAAGACGCUUUGGUGUUUUGUGAGCGUUUCUGGAAAGAAGAGAAAGCUUCUCCACAGUUCAGCUUUACUGCGUACAACAAAGAAAUCAUCGAUGCCAUUCUGCAUUUGCUUGGCAACACGAAAAAAGAGGAAAGAGCGUUGGUAGACCAAUAUAAGAAAGACGCUCUUUGGUUCUAUGGCGAAAUGCAGAGAGCAACUGAAGAAGACUUCAACGACGAUUUUGAUCAGGCAACAGACAAUAAAGUGCUAAAUGAAAUGCUAAGGGACAGAACUGUAUUUUUGGAGACUUUAAUUGAGAUUUGCAGUCAGCUUCGUCAUCAUGAAAAACUUGUAAAGCACAAGAAAGGGAAGCUAAUGCUGUUCAAAAAAGUGCUUGUGAGAUCAGGCUUUGUUGGCGAGAUGAAACAGGAGAAACGAACACUAAGGAGGGCUGUUGAAAAUUUGUACAAAGAGACAGGAGAGAAAGGAAGUAUCAAGAGCUUUAAGGAGAGCCUCUUAGCAACUUGGCAACAGCAGUGGGAAGAAGGAAAAGGUGCAGAGAUGUCGUGCGAAAUGAUGGUGGCCAGAGAGAGAAUGAUUGAGGAAAUACUGAAGCUGUGCCAGGAGCUUAAAAUGAAAGAUCUUCGUAAGAGAUAUCAGAAAGAAGAUUUGAGCUUUCGUGAAACGUUAUGGGAAUUACAGUACCAUGAAAUGAAGCCCUCUACGAUGAAAACGUUUCUCAAUGAGAUGAAAGACCUGGCUUCUUCUAUCGGAGAUCGCGAAAGAAAGAUUGUCUAUCUCGCUGCUUUACAGGUAGAAUGUUUAGGUUUGAUAAGUUAUGUAGUAGAAUUUCAGUAAUGCAGGGUUAGUCUAUUUUUUCCUUUAUGAACUUCUUCACUUUGACGUUCCAGAGUAUUAAUUUGUGGUCGUACAACGCAAAAUCAAUCAAGUAUCUAUGGACAAAUUUGAACAAUAAUGAGUUACUUAACGUAGUUACUUAUUUCACAGAUGAAGGUCACACACUUCAGGGGUGAAGUGACGAACACGACUGAAAAUGGCAUAAAAUAAAGCCCUUGCUACUCUACCAAAGGAGUCUGUUUUGUUGAUUACACAAGGAUUGCUAUUUGUUAAUCCUUUCUGUCUUAUCUAUUUUCUCUUAACAGGAUUUGAGAAGGAAAAAACAGCUACGAGUCUCGCUAAAACCGAAAGGUAACUUUUCACUAUGAUACCUUAUUACACGUUUUAAAUGGAACUUACCAUUGUUUUCUUUUAAAUUUGUUUUUGUAGAGCUCUUUCUUUACUCAUAUUCUCCUUUUUAUUUUUACCUUCACAUUAUCACAUUAGAAACCAAGGAAGUGAUCUCAGAAGGGUCAGGAGAAGAUGUUGAAGUGGCGUCCGAGGGGGUUACUGAACAGCUAACUGGAAAAGGAUCACAAGGAAGGGUUAAUAGAGAAUCGGUCAAAGAGGUUGAAGAAGAGUCUGAAGACGAAUUUGAAGUUGAUGGCGGUUAUAGUGCCAUGAACACGCGAAGCGUUGUUAUUAAGUAAGUAUUCGUUAAGUGAGUAAUGUACACAAAGAGAAAUAUAGUCAAACUUCCCUGCAGGUGCAUGUACUGAAGAGAGGGAUUCAAGUGUCCUUAUUAUAUAUAUAUAUAUGGCUGAAUCCACGAGCGGGCAAGAUGAAAUUCUGUGAUCUGAUUGGCUACCCGAGCGGACAAGUUGAACGCAUCUUGCCCGCUCGGGAUUUCCUGCGUUAGGCCCUCAUGAAAAAGUUUUCUUUAUGCCGAGCAAUGUAAUAAAUCCCUUAUUAAACAAGCUUGCUCGGUCAACAUGGCUGGAAAUUGGCCUCGUUUAUUUUUCUUUUUUUUUUUUGGCGCUUUUAUAGACCUCGACUUAAUCUCGGUCCAUUAAAACGAAGAAAGAACUUAACCAAUAUUCAGCCAUUUUGACUUCACGCUUGGUCACAUGGAGAGGCCUUUUUCCUGAAGUGUCAGUUAAUAGUUGCAUUUCAGUUCAUCAUUAAGCGAAUAAAAAAAUUUUUUUAUUUUACCAGAGUUUUGUAGAAGAAGAGGUUGGAAGAGUGUAAAAGGGAUGUAGAUAAUUGACAGCAUUACGCUAGUACGAAAAAGACAAAUGAUUCAUCACUUGUUUAUUCAUUGUUGGCCGUUCCAGAAGGAUCUUCAUGGCUACGAGCCAAGGCACUUUUCUCUUUAAACAUUAAUUAUGUACAUAAAUGCCUAUAGAUUUUGUCACUAUCUGUGAUCUUAUACGUGCCACAGUUAUACUUACUUAAUAUUUUAGUGUUUUUAGUAAGUGGCGAUCAACGCCGCCGGAUGUUUCGUGCGAAACAUAUACAUAUUGAAUUGCAAUGUUUAUUUUAAAACGUAUGGAGUACCCCGUGGUGUCUUAAACUCUUAAUUUGUUUAAUUUUUUAAGGGAUACAGUGACCAAACAAGGCGCCCACUGGAAUCUUAAAAAAGUGAAGGCACAUGUAAUUUUCCCUCCUGAUGCUGUGUCUGAGAAAAGGACAGUCACUGUCCGUAGAUGGAAUUCAUCGGAUUGUUCCCCUCCUUUGAACAACAAUGAAGCGCUUGUUAGUGGCAUCCUCGAAGUAUCGACCGACAGUGCUCAAUGUCUUGAUUUCAACAAAGCUGUCACGCUUGUAAUUUCUCAUUGCGCGGGAAACUUAAAGGGGUUUGAGAUUGUGGCGAAAAAACUAGUUGACAGGGACCGUAACGAGUGGGAUGACAUUUCUGAAACAGUUGACGUGCGGUCAUCGGCAGGUAAGAAAGAAGUUGGCGAUGAGACGGAUAAAAAUAUGAAAUAACUGAAUUAAUAAAAUGAUUGAGUUCUUCUUUACUUAAUGAAGUUGCCCCAACACAGCCGUCUGGCCCCAGUAGUUCAACGCUGGAUAGCGCUAUCCGUUAGAUAAAUCUCUAUUCAGUGAGUAAGUAUUAGGGAAACCAAUUGCACUAUCCACUGGAUAGAGAUUUGUCCGCUGGAUAGCGCUAUGCAGCUUUUGAACAACUGGGGCCUGGUUAACAUAGCGCGUGUAAACCUUAGGUUUGAGUCCGUUUUAUUGACAAGAAAAUUUGUUGCAUCCCUUUUCAAAGACUCCAGUAAAAAAAAAGACAUUUAAGACGUUUCACCAUACUUUUAAAAGAUCAUCCCCGCUAUGUCUCAGGAGUCGUUUUAGAGAGAGGAAGGGGGGAAGUAUUAAAACUGGCUGAUGCAUAACAGAGUUGAUUGCCUGAUAUAGGUCAGUUUGUAGUAAGUAACAAAAGAAAUUUUUCGCGACUUUGGCAGUUAGUGAAGGAUGACCGCUUCUUGCAGGUUGUCUUAAUCCAAGUUUGACUGCGUCAUGAAACUGAAAGACUGCAUGUUUUAUUACAGACAUCAGCAAACUGAAAGACCCUUCCUCUGCAAGUGAUAUUCCUGAUUAUUAUCUGCCGGUUGCUGAAUUUGAGAUUACACAGUGCUCAACGUUUGCAGUUGUUUCCCGUCUUAAAUCGCACAAGUUCACUGUUACUUCUGAGGGGGGAGUCCUUUCCUUGCCUGAGUAUCCACUCUUCAAUGUUUUUAUUCCUCACGAUGCUGUACAAGAAGACAAAGAGCUUCAUAUCAAAGUUAGUUUUUAUUUAUUUAUUUAUUUACGGCUAUUUAUUCAUUUUACAUUAUACGGAAAAAAAAACGAUUACCCUAGGGUAUACUGUAGGUUGAGCAGUUGACUCAUAAUCACGAAGUGUGCGGUACACAUUGCUAAGACUGAGGUAAUGUGGAUUGGCUCACGGCAAACACUUGCUAAUACUGUUACGUAUUUACUUUACAGAGAUCUCGCAGUUAUUGAUCUAUAUUUUGUUGUAAAAAAAUAACAAAAGGCAGGAGGGAGAGGAGUCCUGCGCACGUCUUGUGUGUUGAACGUUGUAGAUCAAACGCUGAUAAUUGAGAUAUAAACUCCGAGGUUUCGGCAAUGCUGGAAAUUAUCUUAGUCUGCAAUGCAGUCGUAUUUCCUUGUGUGACUUUAAGGGCGCUUUCCGUUCGUCAGAAUUGACUGGCCAGACCAUUCCGGUCAUAAUGAGAAUGUCACUUUUAAUCAAAACUAUCCAACCAGAUCAGUGAAAUCCUAAAUAGCAUGUACGAUGGUGAUUGUUUUUUAUCAAAAACUGUUGGAAAAAAGCCUAUUUCAUUGUCAAAAUGACCUGUCCAGCUUAGUUCGGCCGGUCAGUUCUGACUUUUGGAAAGCGCCCUAAGUUACUUGUUCAUGUUAAUAACCGUGGCCGCCAUCUUCGAUUUUCUUACUGAGGAAGAUUGGGGAGAGUAGAAAUUAAAACUCUUGGGGUAGGCAUUGGGGUGAAACAAGGAGGCCUCCUUGAGUCACCCCAACUCCUCGACUCUUUUUUUAGAAUCCAGCAUUGCAGUUACGCGGGCAGAAAACAUUCGCGCACCUGAAGGAAAUUUUUCGUCAUGAUCUGUUUUGUUAGUUUGUGAGUAAAUUGUUGUUUCAUGUGCAGUUUGAAGGGCAAGUAAUUACUAAAUCCUUGAGAAUCUGUGUUGAGUGAAAUUUGUCAUGGCUCAAUAAUUAUAAAAAUUUCUAAGACCAUUCCUCUGGUACAGGUGCACUUAGAAGGCCGACGGUCCUUGUAACGAACAGUUAAAAGAUUAUUCGUAUUUCUUCACUUUUUAAAGUACCAUUAAAAGCACUCGAGCGAUCUCACAGAAACUUGAAAUCUAUGUACAUCAACAGUAACUUUUGGUAUCUGUUACUUUCCCUUUCCGUGGCGCGUUUUUUUUUUUUUUUUCUUUUUCAGUGGUUACUAAGUACGCGUUGCUUUUGGAUAACAACGUAACAAAAAAAAAAGCCCCAUGGCUCUUGAACAAAUAACUUGGUAAAGAUAACUUGCACUUUGAGGUGAACAGGUGUUAGGGUAAAAGUUAUUGAAUUAACUUUUGGUAUCUGUUACUUUCCCUUUCCGUGGCGCGUUUUUUUUUUUUUUCUGUUUCAGUGGUUACUAAGUACGCGUUGCUAUUGGAUAACAACGUAACAGAAACAAGAGCCACAUGGCUCUUGAACAGAUAACUUGGUACAGAUAACUUGCACUUGGAGGUGAUCAGAUGUUAGUGUAAAAGUUAUUGAAUCAAUGUUGCUGAUCAUCUCCUCGUUAUCAAAAAGAAAAAAUUCAAAGUAAAGGUAUUGUUCGAAAUGACAGAACCUUCUAAUGUGCUUUUUUUCUGCAAAUAGUUACAAGAAAUUCCUCACAGAACAUUUAGAGGGAAGGAGAUUUCGGCAAGCCCCAUACUCAGAAUUACAGGCUCUGAUCAUGACUCAUUGCAGUUUAAAAAACCUGUAACCAUACGGCUACCAUUGCUACUCACGGAGGAAAGUUGUGAAGUUCCUGACAUGCCGUCGUGCUGCGUUCGCAUCUGGUUUUUCGAGUUAGCUUCAGAUGAAUCAGAUCACGAGAAAUGGAUUGACAUCAACGACGGCCUUAUCAUGCCUGAAAGUUUUGAUAAAAGUACAAUGGCGAUCGAGUUCAGCGUCAUGCGCCUCUCUGGGUAUGUAACUUUUGUAACUGUUAUCCAAUGUGUUGUAAUAUGACCAUGUACUCAGAUUGUCAUAUUAGGAAAUUAUUUGCAUGAUGCUGCUUGGGCCAUGCUCACUCCAACUCUGCGCGCGCGUUCACUGAUUCCGUCCACUCAUCUUUACAGUGUUUAUAUCCUUCUCGUGUGGACAUCCGAAAACGUGUAGUUCAGAAUGUGUGUUGCAAACGUAAAGGAAUUCACGUGGCCAUAGCCUUACUUAGAAAGGAAACAAAUUCCGCAAACAUCUUCCCAAAAGUGCACGCUCUUUUAUGUUGAGUUGCUAUAUUGCUCGAAUUAAGCAGUAAAACGUUGAAGUUCGUUUCCCCAGUGAUUAAAUUAGUAUUUAAUGUUUUGAACUUCCAUAGAUUAGACACAAAGCUCCGCUGAUUUUGUUCCUUCCAGUCAUUACUAUUUCUUACUUGUGAUUGCAGUUAAACUUGAGCCUGCGUGGCAGGCGUUCGAAAGCGAUGGGAAAGGGAAUGCGGGCACAUGCAAGGGAGACGGAAGAAGGGGGACGCCCUCCGAAAUAAUAAUAAUAAUAAUAAUAAUAAUAAUAAUAAUAAUAAUAAUAAUAAUAAUAAUAAUUUUUUGAAAUUGAAAUGUAUCGAACAUAUUUUAUUGAUAACAUACUAUUAAAAUCCUAUUUACAAUUAAUUCACUUAAUAAUAAUAUAUAAUAGCAAUAAUAAUGUAUAAUAAUAAUAAUAUAUAAUAAUAUAAUGAUAAUAAUAAUAAUGAUAAUAAUAAUAAUAAUGAUAGUAAUUGUAAUAAACACUCAUGUACAGUUUCGAAUUCGUCUUUUUACUUUACGAUUCACUAGAACAAAAUUACAGCAAAAGAAAAGAAGAAAAAUACAGAAUUAAUAAACGCGAACCGAAAACUUUCCAAAAACGAUAACUUAAAGUACAACAAAUGACCAAGAAAACGAGCAAAAAAAUACAGGAAAAACUAUACUUACAAGAUCUGUACGGCAACUCCGGAUACAACUAAGCGACUGAUUUACAUGGACAAAAGGAAAAACUUUAUACUAAACUGAACUGAAAACAAUGGGUUAGCCGAGAAUAGACUUACAGAAAAAAUACGCAUACGAAAAAAGGCUAACAAAAAACUACACCAAACGCGAUAAAAAAAGUACUAAUUAGACUAACUUCACGCAACGCAAAACACGAAAUAAAGAAUAAUAAAAAAUUCGCAAUCUCCCGUGGCUACAAUAAAAUAAUAAUAAUAAUAAUAAUAAUAAUAAUAAUAAUAAUAAUAAUAAUAAUAAUAAUAAUAAUAAUAAUAAUAAUAAUAAUAAUAAUAAUAAUGUCAACAGGUCUUUAUUAUGUUUUAAGUAAAAAUACAUGCUAAAAACCCAGAACACUUACAGUUAAAAGCAACCAAACAGCUAAAAGAGUUAAAAAGCUUAAACUUCCGUAUAGACUAUUAAAAUCAACAUUAAAAACCAUUUAACAUUUAGUAAAUUGUUACUUUAUAUUUUAAAAAAGGCUAUUAAUAAAACUAUUUUAAAACGCUGGGUAUUGACUUUAGGGAGUUGGCUGCUAGGAACUCUGAAUUUUGGGGAGGGAAGGAUACAAAGGGUGGCCUGGCAUGCGCGCUGGAGAUCUUCUUGAGUAGCGCGCAAUCUGCCUCUUCUGAUCCCCUUCCUCUUCCCUUUCGAAACCUGGCACGCAGUUAAGCUUAAAAGCUUGAUCCGUUCAUCCUGUUACCCCAUUCAUCUCCCAGCACAUAAUUUGCCAUUGUUUGGAAGCAGGUUUUGGUGCUGGUUGGAAUGGUGCGCUAACCCAGCGGUCUGGCUCAUACGUGAAGCGUUUUCUUGCAAUGCAAGAAGGAAAGGGUUCUGGCUUGGAGAUGGAAGUUCCUCAGAAUGGACGUAUCCCAACGACAAGACAGGAGUAUUCCUUUCGGAAGAUGUGGUGAAGCCUGUAAAACAUGAAAUACAUGUCUGGUAAGAAUUAAAUAUUCACUUUGUGACUAAUGGGGGGACGGGGGUCCGUUUAAAGGGACUGAUCCAACAUGUUGGUCCAGCAUCACCUAACAUUGAAGGAUCAUCAUCCAAUCAAUAGGUGAAUCCUUGCUGACAUAAUUGUUUACAUUUUUCCUCAUUAGCGUGCGACUUAACUCAUACAUAUCGUGGCCGUAUAUACUGAAUUCAAAAGUUGAUUAACUUGAGUAAUUUGUGCAAUUUUCAGCUCUUUACAAGCAAUAUUGAAGGAAAUAUCAGCAAUCGAAAACUGCGAAAUUGCUGGGUGGCAGAAAAGUUAAUGAGCCAUACAUUCUUUGUAAAAUUUCGCGUUUUUAAAAGAGAAUUUCUCCGAAACUAGGUGGGACAUCGGGCUCAAAUUUUCAGAGAUAACUGAAGUUGUUAUAAUCUUUCAAUAUUGAGAGGUUUUAUUUUAUUAGCUUCAUCAGAUAAUGAUGAGUAUAUGUUAAUGAGGCAAAAAAUCAUGAGGCCAAAGAUUCGCCUAUUGGUGGUUAAAAAGAAAUGGAUCAACCCUGUCAAAACGUAGAGGCCCACAACAGCUACUCACGGCUCCGACAAAACCCAGUUAUAAUUGAAACACCCUCAGCUGCUUGAUUAUUAACUUUUCAAAGAAUCUGAUAAUGAUGUUCGUCAUAGAAGGGGUCUAAGGUGUUGGAAUUAGGAGGUAAUACCCCCAUUUAUUGUAAACUGCAUCCCUAAGUAGAGGUUUUCCUUAAGGUAGUUAAUGCUCCCGACCUGUGAGAAACAACAGAACGAGAAUGUGUGGUAAUGGGGUUAGGAAUGAAGUACUCCAUCAACAGGUGAAGGUAUAAUUAGCAUAAUGGCGGUUGGUCAUGUUUUUGUGGCCAGUCUGCGUUUUGCAAAUGAAACCGCCUCCCAUUAGUAACUGCACCGUGGUAGUGGCCAACCCAAAAGGUUUGCUCCUUUGGCCACUACAUACUUUUCCAAUGCAAUACUUAUCGUAACAUGAAUACUAGCUCUGAUUUCCUUCUUUUCUAGUUCCUAUCAUUGUUGUAUUUAUGUACUCUUUUUUUGAUUAAGUGCGGAUAAACUGAACUUGAACUUGAACUUGAUCACUAAGCUCAUCACUAGUCUAGCCUGUUAAGGUGGAGAAACCCCCUCUCCUUUCCAGUGGUGCAGGUCAGAUUCCCCCGAGAGAGGUCCCUAAUCCUGUUUCAAUUUCCAUCUUAGGACUAAGAAAAGCUGUCUUGGUUUUCAUGUGAACUGGUCAGACAAUUUUGCUUUUCAAUGUUCUUUUUUUAUUGUUUUUGCAGCUUUCGCGAUGGCGCUUAUGUCAAGGUUGAUGUGGUGAUGAUAAACCCCAGGGACCUAAAGACAGCUGAGCUUCGCAGAGGCAUCAAGGAAAACGAAAAUGAAUUGUUGUGUGAAUUGGCACUUCCUCUCCCUCCUUCACUAAGUGAACCUUACGUAAGUACAAUUAUUUCAUUAUCACUGCAAUAAUUAACUAUAGAUAUUAAUUCUGAAAAAUCAUACUGCUGUCAAUCAAUGCAUUCGUGAUGCAGCAUUUAGACGGUGUAACUUUUGUUAAGUGAAAUUUAAGCUAUUUUGGUGUGUCUUUUACUUCUAGACAAACUUAAGAUUGUGCUUAGUAAUAUAUUCUCACCCGGAACAUCCGCACACAAAGCCAAAUGAGCCCAAAUGCAUAAGAUGUGGGAGAAUCGGCCCGAGGCUUUGCGAGUCGAUGAACCAGGAGAGAAUACGAGGUAUACCCCAUCGCUGCGGGGAAGAGGGUGGGGCGAGAACUGCUAUCGAGGGUGCUGAGACCUAAACUUUACUAGAACUGGCCGAGUAAUCAAGCAGGCUGCUCUUAAAACUGAGGGACAAGGUCUGUGGGUAUGCCGUGUAUUCCCCUGGGCUACGCUGAGAAUUUUAGGAAGUGCAUUGAUGCUAACUUAGGCUUUGGUGGGUGUUUUCCCUAGUGAGAAUAGUUGAUUCUUCUUUCCUACUUUGUACUCAUUUGUAAAGCCAAACCAAGGUGAUAGCUCUAGUUUUGGUUUGAAGAAUCGACCUAAGUAAGGUCAAAGGUCGAAAUAUUUCCGUCAAGCAUACUUCUAAAGGAAGGUUCUUCGGGACAGCUUAGAUGUUGACUUGUGUUAGCGCACAUAACUAUUGCAAGGCUUGUAAUUAAGACAACUGGUUCGAUAAGAAUAAUCGAGUCGUAAUCCAGAGAUUUAUAGAGUCCCGGUUAGUGUGCACUAUUACAUAACCUACUGUAUAUGCUUUGUAAUGGUAAUAGGACUGAGUGGAGUACAAUUCAGGGAGUAAUCGGACGUUUAAAAUCGGUCGAGUAAUUUCAACGCGCUCGGCGUUUGAAAUUACGAGCCCGAUUAUCCCUGAAUUGUACGACACGAAGUCCUAUUACCGGUUAAUUGUGUCAAUAACAAAAUGCGAGAAUCUCAGUCGUGAAUAUUUAUUAAUGUAAAUAAAAGUCACUGUACCAGUUUUCUUUUCCAGUUGAAGCUGGACAGCUUGGUCACUAUUUUUUCAUUGAUUUUGAUUGGUUAUUAGGUGCUAUGUAGUUAAAUUUCUUUGGCUAGUGGCUUUUAUUACUUGAUUGUCAGUGGUUCUUUAACUGUCCGAUUUGACCUGACCGAUUACCAGGAGCUUGUAAUCGGACAGUUUUGGAGUUACAAUAGCAAAAUUAAGCCAUAAAUAUGGGCUGUUACGAACCAAUCAGACUCAAGUAUUUUGGGCUGAUUAGCCCAGAUUCCUUAGUAGUGUUUGUAAACGGAGUUUGUUUACGAAGCGAGGGAUUUUUUAAAUCGCGGUUUUCUUGACUUAAGUUUUCACUCAGGGAGAACACUUUGAGGGGCUAAAACUCGGAGGGAGUUUGUUCGAUUGACCAAGAAUUCAAGGGAUGUUGCUUUAAUUUUUUUUAGCAACAAAAACAAAAACGUGUUGAGACGCAUUUUUGUAUGAUCAACUAACUUUCUUUAGCCCUAUUUCGAAAUUGAUCGGAAACUUUUCAUCGUAAUCAAAAAUGGGAAAACCCUGACACGAUUUUUAGCCCUUUGACUUCCGAAAUUAGCUUCCAAAAGCUGAUUCGGGACACUAAAAAAAAAAAAGAUAAGAUAAGAUAACCAGUUCAAUAAGAGUUAAUUUGAUAUCGGGUUAUAGGUAUCUGCAGUUUAACCGGAACGCGCUACAUCGCUAACACGUGAGACACCCUUGAAGGUAUCUGGUAACCUUAAGACACGAACAAUAUUUCUUAAACGAUGUGUUUGACUGAAAAGUCGGUAUGGGCUUCCUCGAUAAGUGUUGUCGUUUUUAUUAUUAUUAUUAUUACUAUUAUUAUUAUUAUUAUUAUUAUUAUUAUUAUUAUUUUUUGGAGAUAGGUCUCGCCUCGUAAAAUUACGGUUAUCACUGUGAAACAUUUGGAUUAAAUAUAACGAAUGUUUACCAUUGUUAGCUUACGUGGCAGUCGAUUGUCUUCGUUUCGUUAUAUCCCAGCAAAUAAAUCGCUAAUGAUACAAAUCGUGGCUGCUUCUUUGGUGAGUGUUUAAAAUCUUUAUGUUUUUAUUCCUUUCUGUUUCUGUAGGAACACACAAAUUACGGAGCUAUAAGUUAUUUCACGACAAAUCCUUUAAGAAUAACUACAUGUGGAGACGAAUGGGGCUCAUCAAAAGGCGGCUUGUCUACGCUGAACAGAGAACUUUCAAAACACCUGGCACUUCUGCCUGACGUAGUAGUAACCCUUUUACUGCCACAUUAUUCUGAGGAGGAGAAGCAAGAAGCCAACAACUUUAAUGUGCGUCUUGCCACACCAGAGGCAGAGGCUGAAGAUCUUGACAUUGUGAUAGGCCAUGGUCAUAUGCUUGGUCCAUCAGCCCAUGUCAUAGCAAAACAGCGCAGGUGCAAACGGGUUCAUGUAGUACACACUUCCAGUGACGAGCUUGCAAUGUUUAAGGUAAGCGAAACAGCGAUACAGCAAGGCGAAAAAAAGCGCCGCGCUGAGGUAGACCUUUGUGAGGAAGCUGAUAUCGUCGUGGCCAUAGGACCAAAGUUGAAGGAAGAUAUCUCCGCCAAGCUACGGUAUCGAAAAGAUAAAUGCGUGAUAGGUAUCACACCUGGAAUCUUUCAGGAGUUCGCAAAGAUGGAACAAGCCAGUGAGGAGGGAGGAAGGUUCCGCAUCUUAGUGUUUGGUCGGGGUGACUCGGAAGAUUUUGAACUAAAGGGAUACGAUAUAGCUGCUAAAGCUGUAGCAGGCUUGAAAGACGAAAGCGUCCUUCUUUUGUUUGUCGGGGCACCAAAGGGUAAAGAAGAAGAAGUUAAAAAUAAGUUACUUAAGUGUGGAAUUCCUCGCACACAGCUUAUUGUGCGAGGCUUUGUUGAGAGUCGUGAAGAAGUAAAACAGCUCUUGUGCCAGGUAGAUCUCGCCAUUAUGCCCUCACGAACGGAAGGCUUUGGCCUCACCGGUCUCGAAGCACUCUCCGCUGGCCUUCCUAUUUUGGUAAGUAACAAUUCGGGGUUCGGUCAAGCUAUUCGUAAAUUAGAAAUCGAAUCUUCGAGUGUGGUGUGUUCCGAUGAUCCUGAAGAGUGGGGUAAAGCUAUCAGACGUGUGAGACAGAAACCAAGGAAACUCCGGCUAGAGGAAGCAUGCUAUCUCCGAGAGGCCUAUGACAAAGAGUACAAUUGGGAGAAACAGUGUAAGAUGCUUGUAAAUAAAAUGCGAGAAAUUCUCCAAAAAGCUCCGAGGAGACACUCAAGGUUGUUACUUGUUGAUAACUAUGAACCUUCUCGCUAA